GUUUAGAUAAGAUAAAUGUUAAAAUGUCGGCAUUCCAUUGGAACAUAUUAUUAUCUAUGACACAAAAAUAUAAUGACAAUAGAGUCGACAUAUUAAAAUACUUGAGAUAAUACACAUACACGUGUAAAUGUGAGGGGGUGAACAGUGAAGAAAAGUUCAUUCGGAAACCGGUUUGUAAAAUGGGAAUGAAUUGAAAUGACGCGUUGUGUUGAUAAAGUGGUACAUGUUUGCUAUAAUCUUCUGACCGCUUCUGCUGGUGGUCGAGACACUUGACCAGGAGUAGGAACACCGACCAUUUGAUAUCAGGACCCGAGGGAGACCGCCAAGGACCUGCCACGUUGCUUUGUCCACUGAAAUACGAACUAGUUUCAAAAGGCGAUGGCAACGGUUGACCGUAUCAGCUACGAACAUGAUCACGGGAGCCCCCCAAUUCCUGUGACAUCGACGCAGGGACAUGACAAUAUGCCUUCCAAGAAGCAAGUCACUUUCGGACAAGGUACCAUCGUGUUGUUUGAUGAGGUGGAGGAAUACGUAACAGAACGGCUGCGGAAGACAAGCAUUUCCGACAACGUUGACGACACCCCGCCCAUCGCGCCAGAAGAUACCUAUCACUUGUGCAGUGAAUACAACGAGAAUGAACAACCUGGUUCGAGGGUGAGAUUCUGUCAGAUCGGAAGUCAACCAGGCGAGCUUCACAACGCAACAGACGUGGGAAUUAUGGGUAACGGCGAUCUAGUCGUGACUGAUAUGAUCUGUAAUAAGCUCAAGCUGUUUACGUCUAAUGGUGUGGUGGGGACUGUGUACGCAGCGGAUGAAAUAUCUGAGCCAUGGGGGGCGACUGAUAUUGGCACAGAGAAAAUCGCUGUCACGUCCCGAAGAACUCAGAGUGUUGUCAUAAUGUGCAAAACAUGGGGUAACGUUGUCAGAAGGUUUGGACACGGCUUCUUCAAAUCUCCCUGUGGCAUAACAACAGUUGGUGACAACGCCGUCAUCGUAACCGAUGAUGUCGCGAACAGAGUGUCAGUUCAUGACGUCACUGGUGGUAAGGUCGUUGCUUACAUUGGACAGCAACUGCAAUUCAAGAACCCUAGAUACGUCGCCGUGUCUGCCAACGGGAACAUUAUCGUCAGCGACAGCGGCAACCAUUCCAUCAAAGUGUUCGACCGUAAUCGAAAUUUCGUCCGUAGCUUUGGAAAGUACGGGCGUGAUGACGGAUGUUUCAAAUUCCCCCAUGGUGUAUGUACGGACAACCGUAACAACAUACUCGUCGCAGAUCAGUACAAUAACCGCGUGUCUGUGUUCGACGAACUUGGACGAUUUAGCUGUCAUAUCGUGACCUCGGUUCAUGGAGUUUAUCACCCCCAUGGAGUGGCCUUGACCUCUGACCUUCGACUGUGCAUAACGGUUGGCGAUAUGACGCCAAACCGGCUUUUGAUCUACCAACUGGAGAGAAUUGAGACAGGAACGGGCGAGAGUUGAUGAUUUGUGAUAUUCAAUGUGGUCGAACUUCGUUAUCUAUAGGUGAGGUAAGGUGAAAUGGGGUUUAACGUCGCGUCCAAGAUUAUUGCACUUACAUAGCGACGUGCAUUCUCGUGUGUGUGCUUGUACUUGCCCGGAUUGAUGCCGAUUUACAGUGCUAGCACACU